AUGAAUGCGCUGGAGAGAAUAACAAGAAUACUUUCCAAAAUAAGCAAAGAAAAAGAGUCUCUUUCGGGCAGGAUAUCGGAGUACAUACAAAUAGAAGAAACAGCAAAAAUAAAAGAGGAGCACAAUAAAUCACUGAAACAGCUGCUUGUUGUAUCUGAGCACAUCGCAGAUGAGCUAGGCAAACACAAAGACCCGUCCAAUAAACUAUCGCCAGAAGAAAAAACAGAGGCAAUUCUUCUCCUGAACAAAAGACUCUCUCAGGUGAACAACACCAGAGAAAAAACAGAAAUGAUAGCGCAUGUAAUAAUAUCGUAUAAAAACCAAAAAAUAACACAAGACAAAACGGGAGCAUACACCGUCCUCAUAAUAAGAAGGCUGGUAGAACAGAUAAAGGCACAGGUUUCAACGAAUAAAGAGUCAGCGGUGGGAUACGCCUAUCUCUUAUCGUAUCUAUCUCAUGAGAUAGGAGAUAUACUAGAGAGGUAUAAAUACAUUAUGUACUCUUCUAUGCUGCCUUUGGACUGUCUCUUGGGGAUGUAUCGGGUGUAUUUUGUGUUCCUGAAAAACACUGAAAAUUUGAAUGAAGCCUGGUUGUUUAUCUCUUCUCUUUUGAACUACAUAGAAGAAAUAAAUAGCACGUUCAAUCCUUCAGUGCUCCUUGUCUUCCUUGACUCUUUAAAUGGGGCCAUGGGCACAGUGUUCAAUAACUCAUGGGGCAAAAUAUUGGAGUAUAUACGGACAAAGUAUCUUCCGCUGGUGGACGACAGGUAUAAGACAGAAAUACAGCAGAUAAAGAGUAUAAUAAGAUAA